AUGGAUCGUUUUUAUUUUUUGAGCAUCUUUACCGUCUUUACCUUGCUAAUAUCUACUUCAAGUGCACUACAGGAAUGUACAUGGGGUCAGGCUAUUCACGAUGCUCUGCAAGCAAGAGAUCUCAUGGUUGUUAAUCUUAACAAACACCGUCAGAGCCCAACUCUCGAAAGGGCAGUAAACUUCAUGGAGAGCCUCUAUGAGCUUUACUUCCAGAUCGAUGGUCUGGGGUACCUGGACUUAAGCGUUAGGGAGAGCAACGAACAACUUAUUAGCGUUCUUCUUAAGCAACCAAAAAAACCCAUCGUGAAGCAUCUACUUGCAUUCAAUCAUCAUACUUUAGAAGAGGAUUACGAGAAAAGAGGUUUAGGUAUUAUGGUGCAAACUUUCCAGGAUUAUCAGAACUUUCUUUGCGUAAAUGCGCUGUACUCAACCUUCAGCCAUAGCUUCGAGGGAUACGAACUUCCUCUUGACCUCAUGUGUGACCCUAUCAAAAACGAGCUCGGAACAAACACUAAACUUAGAAGUGAGAAACUCAACACUAAAAAGGUAUGCAAGUCGGCUUUAGAGUGCUUUUGGGCAACAAAUAAAGCUCAUACCUUUUGGAUAAACCAGGGUCCUGACAUAAGCACUGCAUGUAACAAGCCAGGUAAAUCAUGUGAUAUAGGAGAGGCCGUACCGAUCAUGGUAUCGUUGCUUUGGUACAGAGUAAGUUAUGUGAUUGCACAAAGCCUUUGCCAUAAUCUUCCACAACAUGAUCUUCAGUCCUCUAUAAAAACUGAGAUUGACAAUAUCAAAGCCAUGGCGUCUGAAGUUAGGGCCUAUUUUAGUACCUUGACAUGGGACUUAUUUUUGACUCAGGCCACAAUAGUGGGAGCAUUCUCGGAGGUAGAGAAGGCCAUGACUAUACUGAAGCAGCACGAAAAAUCACUUUACUCUUCUAUUAAGGCUUGCAACUCACUCCAAGCACAAGACGUUUGUAUUAUUAAGCGAAUAUAUGCCGAGUAUAAGGCUUUACAAAAAAUGAAGCGGAAAAGAAGAGAGAAAACACGAGAUUUGCGCCUUUUUCCUCGCGUUAAUCAUGCAAAACUAGUUGAACUGAGGAAAAAGACCCUUAAAGAAAUCGAGGCUUUAGCCGUUUUAUUGAAAGCUAAAUCAGAAUCUCGAACGGCAAAUACCUUGAUCUCGGAAUAUUUUAAGGGUGUUAGUAAAUAUGAUGAAAGAAUUAGUGAUCAGGACUUUGGAUAUGUCAAAGCAAAAUUGACUGAAUUCAAAGUCAGAGCUGACAAACUUACAACAGAACUAGACUCACAAAUCAAAGAAGUGUUAGUUACAGCUAAUAGUGCCCUCGUUUUAGACGAAUUAGUCAAUAUUGCGGAUGCAUUUAACCCAUUGAAUUUAUUUGACACCGACAAGCAUUAUGGUAUUGCUGUGAAUAUAAUGACGAAGGCAGCACAGAUUGCAAAGGGUAGCAUGGCACUUUUUGCUCUCGCUGAUGUGGCCAGCGACACGGAGAAAUUAGCACGCGAUUUUCAGUGUAAUACAGACCAAAUGCGUUCGAUGAAAGAUAUAAUGGACAAAAUAAAAGCAAAUGAUAAGGAAGGAGUUAAUGAGCUUGCAGAUGCAUUCAUCGAAGCAUACGGAAACUAUAACCCACAGGUCAGUCAGAGUCGAUUGGCGAAAAACGACGAGUUAUGGGGUACAUUUAAAGAAUUGGCCUGCGAACUGCUGUUUGAGAAAGUAGGAGCUGGAGGAAAAGCACUUGUAAUUGGAAAGGCCAAGAAACUACUUUGUGAAAAGUUGGACGGGACAAUAGCUCAGCUAGGUACUCUCAGAGGUAACAUAUUUGACUUCCAGUUUGAACUUGUGGAUAUUAUCGCUAAAAUUGUCCGUGGAAAUAUCGGAACAGGAUCCACGUACAAGAGCCAGGCUUCUCAUUAUAACUAUCACAUCACAAGCAAAAAAGAACUAUUCCUAGGUUUCUUAAAAGCACAAACACAACUUCAAACGGAGGCAUCUUCGUAUUGCGACAAAGUUGAGUACAUGAAUGAAGGGCAACCAAUCGAGGUGUGUAAAAAGAAAAUGGGCCUUUUCAGUGAAGCCGACUUAGAUGAACUCGCCGCCUACAAUCCAGAGGUCAGUUACCAUGUAGACGAACGAUUUGUGUACAUACCAACACAAGCUCAAUUUCCCGGUGAUCGAGGUUUUAUCGACCUAACAAGGCUAACAACUGAUGGCUCAGUACUUUUCCAACCACCCUUCAAUAAGACGUGGCUUAAACAGUUUAAUUGGCUUGCAGCUGGAGAAACCAAAGCUCCCUUUGUUGAAAGCUUCAAGGUGUACCUCCCACGUAAGACCUACCCUAGCAGAGGAGAGCAUCAAUCAUACCUGAAAACUCAAGUAACGUUGACUGCUGAAGCUUCCUGUAAAGUAGAUAUUUCCUCAGAUGUUAUGUACGACUUACCCCUGGAAAACACUCGUUAUGUCACGAGGUAUGUUGAAGGAUAUCCGCGAUGUCCAGGCGGAAGGGAAAUAAAUAAUCCCUACAGUCUUUGCAAAAAUCUACCUGGUAUUUGUGAUUCCACUCAGCGAAUACCGGGAAGAGGUAUGAUGCCGACCAUUCUGACCACAUGGAAACUAACAUACAACAUGCGUUCAGGAAGGAACAACGCAGCCCAUACCUGGAACGCACCGAACCCUGCGACCAAUCUUCUCAUCAUCGCGAAGCUGAAGUUGCGCUACCUUCCGAAUACGUUGCUCACUAAGAGGGACACUCUUCCAGUCAAAAGAAGUGUCCUUCCGCCUUUGGGAUGCUGUCCCAGCGAUCAUUAUCGCCCUAAGUGGAAUGACAAAACAUGCGAGGCUUGCCCAAUUGAAUUUCAAUCCAUUUCAAUGUUGCGAGGCUAUUAUUGCGAAAUGCCAUCCAACUAG